UGUCUUCGCACUUUUCACCUCCUCCAUCUAUACUACAGCCAAAACUUGCAAAACCCCACGAUUCAAUCAACCCUAUGAGAAAAUAAUCCUCUUUCUACAUUCUCGCGAACAAAGGACAAAGGGGGCUCGAACAGCUGUGCAAUGGGUCCUCUCGCGCGCAGCGCACUGCACAAGGUCGCGAACUCCCCUUUGUAUCCCACACAAAUGUAUACAAUAUAUCCGUGUGACUCGUCAUAGGACGUCGAGCUUCAAGUUUCGAGUCGCUCGCGUGCGCGAGUCAGUAAUCAGCCGCACGUCGGCCGAGAGGUUGCAGCUUUUUCUACGACGACGGGUUUGAGAAGCUUCCGGGUAUAGGUACCUGUAUAGAAGCGACCUGCACCGCCGUAAAAAGCGAUCAUCGAGAUGCACUACGCGUCAAGGGCCUUGACUUUCGCUCUCGUUUUCCUGGCGGCCUUGGCGAACUUGGCCGCCGAGGCUUCGUCAGCGGAAGAGUCGUCGCUUCUCGGGCUCGAUGACCCUCAGUGGGACGAGUAUCGGGAGUUCAAGGAGUUCCAGGAGUUUCAGGCCUGGAAGAGAGCUUCCAAGGAGAGGAGGCGACAUCACGAGGACGAGGAGAGGAGGGAGAGGUACGAAAGGAAGAGGUUCCACGGGGCGGAAAACGAGAAGAGGAGACGCGGUGGUGACGGGAGAUCGGCGAGGAAGGACGUUGUUGCCGAUCCACCGCCGAUCGAUCAGGCUGCCCUGAUGGCCAGAUACAUCGUCAAUCAGGCUGGCUGGACUUCGGUGGCGACAGUUAGCUCGCGAAAAGAUACCGAAAGCUAUCCGUUCGUGAAUAUCAUUUCUUUCAGCGAUGGACCACUUGGAAACGGUACUGGAAUUCCAUAUUUGUUCUUGACGCCGUUAGAUUUCACAGCGCAGGACGUCUUCAAAGACAACCGCGCCACUUUGAUGAUGAGCUUGGCCCAAGGCCGUUACUGCGAGCUCAAGAAUUACGACCCUAUGGACCCUCGAUGUGCCAGGGUCGUCAUGACCGGCAAAAUCAAAGCGGUGAAAGAGGACAAUCCAGAGUAUCCGAUCGCGAAAAACGCGGUAUAUGGCCGUCAUCCGUGGUUAGCUCACAUGCCAGCAGAUCACCACUUCUUCUUCGCUAAACUGAAAAUUGGCACCAUCGCCGUGCUGGACACCUUUGGAGGACCGAAAUACGUCACCGUCAAGGACUAUCUGAACCCACCAAAUCCCAAAGCUCAUUCCGAAUAUCUUGAGCGUUAUCAGCUUCUCGGCGACGACAACGAGUCGCAGAAAUCGGCCGAGCGAUUUUCAAGCUAUUUCUGAAGACUCGGGGGCGAUUGUUUUUUAAAAGGAAAAUGCUUCGUAAGAUAGAUGCCGUGUAUCGACAAAACUAUUUUUGUAAUGGGACACUCGUUAGAAUUGCAGAGGUACUUUUGGAUAGUGAACAAGAGGCUGUUGAUAUAGAUUGAAGAAAAUAUCUUAAUGCUACUGUGCAUACUUUUGUAAAUGAUUUGUGUAAAUAUAGUAAUAUUUCAUAAGUGAUAUUAUCAUAGCUGUAAUGCGCGGAUUUUACUCCCCUUGCUUUGUAUGAAUAAAAAAUGUUUAUUAUUAUUUUUAAAAA